AUGCGGACGGUAAACAUAGACCGAACCCUGACGGGGCUGAUGCUGGUACUGCUGGCAACACUGCCCUGCACAACCGUAGCCCGCAGCUACGAAAAACAAACGAUGCGCAAAGGCAAAUCGGCACAGAUAGUAUCGUCCGCACCGACGAUCACAACCCCGCUGAUGGACCUUUGCUCGGAAGACAUCAAUAUGAAGCUGGCCUGCCACUGUUCACCCGAAAGUCACACCAAAGCGCAAAAAGCUUCCUGCUCCAUCUUUGACGGUGAGCUGCCGCGCAAGGAUUAUAACUGGCUCGCGUUCCACACGCAAACCGAGCUGGAACAUCUGAAGUUUACCGUGCGCAAAUCGGGCAACCUAACGUACAUACCGUCGGACGUGAUCGCCACACUGUACAAGCUGCGCACGCUCACGAUCGAGUACGGUAUCAUCAGCGACAUCUACCCCUUUGCCUUCGGCAACCUGACCGAGCUGCGCGUGAUCAAUCUGCCGAACAAUCAGAUCGUAACGCUGCACAGUAACGCAUUCGCGCAUCACAAAUCGCUCGAGGAGCUGAUGCUGGAGAACAACUACAUCAAGAAGAUCGACCGGGACGCGUUCGUGGAUGUGCCGAAGCUGAUCAAGCUGAACCUGGCGAACAACAGCAUCUUUAACCUGCACGACAAUGGGUUCGAGGAGCUGACCAAGCUGGAAGAGUUGCGGCUCGAGUCGAACCAGAUUGCGGUGUUGGCGCGCGAGUACUUUAAAGGGCUGGAGAACUUGAAGAUCUUGAAGCUGUCGUACAACGAUGUGGAGUAUCUGGGUGCGUUCGUGUUUGCUGAUCUGUGGAGCUUGCAGAUGCUUUUCCUAGACAGCAAUCGAGUUGAGAAAAUCGACGAGCGUGCCUUUGACGGACUGACCAGCCUGAACUAUCUGCAUCUGGAAAACAAUCGCAUUACCACCAUCGACAGUGCCACCUUUACCAGCGUGUCGGCACUGCAGCUGCUCAACCUGGACUCGAACCGUCUGACCACCAUGACGUACGGUCACAUCGUCCCGCUGAUGGACAAUCUGGUGAACAACAGUGCGCUACUGUCACUGCGUGAUAAUCGAUUCAUCUGUGACUGUCGGCUCUCGUGGAUGUACGAUCUGAGCGAUCGUACGCGUAACGAGGAGCUGCGCGAAAGCCUCAAGGGAAUCGAUUGCAUCCUCGGCCAGACGCCCGAGGAACCGACCCGUUCACCGCUGGCCAGCUCGUACGAUUUCGGACAGCUGGACGAGAACGGUGAAUAUAUCGAUGAUUCGGCCAGCGAGAAUGACGCACUCGCCAAGGAAGCACCCCAAACCGUGAACGUGCUAAAGCUGGGCCGCGAAGAGCUACCCUGUCCGGAGGAGUUGGCCGGACCGACCGGCGAUCCAAACCCGCGUGAAUCGAAAGGUUUGUUCAAUCUGUCCUGGAACAGCUCGGCAGCCGGUGAUCGGCAUGGUGGCAGCAUCGCGCGCAGCAGUAUAUUGCUGCUAGCGAUAGUGACCGUUGGCCUCGGUGUAGUACGUAGAACGCUUAGCUGUUAAGUGCUAGGCAAAGGAAAUAACUUAUUUUCGUAGUGAGGCUGAGCGUGUUUCUUUCUCGUUCGGGCAUUUGUUUUCCAAUCAUCCCUACCCCAUCCAAUUUUGGAUGACUCACUUUCACGUCGAGCAACAUUGGAGCAUCCUUCGGCCUUUACUGAAACGCUUUCACUCUCCACUACAUCCCGCACAUCUGACAUGCUCACCCCGCUCUGUACACCCUGACACAACUCAUACUACAUUUUUGUCGGACAAAACACACACACACACCCAUACACAUCGUGGAGAGCGGAAGCGGAACACACCUUCACCGUGAAUGUAAUAUAUAGCGAGAAAGUGAGGGACAAUUUUGCCAACCUAUUUCGUAGCGUUUAGCAGAACACGAUAGAUAAGUAGUGUGUAUUGGUCGUUAUGCGGGACGGAAUGUAUGUUUUUCAUUUUCAAAAUUUUGUGUGUAGAUUUUAGCGAACCCUUGAGCAUUCACAGUCUGCUCACACUCUCAACCAUGCAAUCACAAAGUCACACACUCACCCGUGAAAGCACCUCAUUUGCCGUUUGCUUUUCUUUCGUCACAAUGAUAAACGUCCCCUUCCGCCCCGUGAGAUACACUGACGAUUGAUGAAUUUUGCAGCGUCCACGUGUGUUGGUUCGCUACUGUAUGACAUUCAUGGUUCGAUAAGCCAGCGGUCUCUCACUUUACCGUGAGCACAGGACCGAACGUUUGACAAGGGUAACAUUUUUUUCCUUUUUAUAAUAAAAAAAAACAAAUCAGAAAACAUAUAAAUAGAUGAUAAGAUAGAGAGAAAAAAACACUGGAAGUCGAAACCCUUUGCAACUGAUACGAUAUAAGAAACGCGAGCAAGAGCUGGGUAAUGAAACAUGAACAAAAAAUAUAAAAAAAAAACAGAAAAAAUAGAGAUAAUAAAAAUUAAAGUAAAUAAGUCAAUAAACCAAGCGAAACAAACCAAAAGACAGUGAAACCACAGUUUGGCGCGUCGGCACGUAAAGAAAAACAAACCCGGAAAUGUACACCAAGCGGAAAGAGAGAGAGAGAGAGAGGGAGAGUCGACAUAUAUACGUGACGACAUGUAAGGAAACGUCAAAGUGGCAUGCAUUUAACAGAAACAAAAAACCCUACAGUAAAGAAAGAACAAAGAAAAUCCACUGUAAAAGCCGUGUCGCAAUGUGAAUAAAGCGUGAAGAAGGUGAGGAAAAUAGAAAUAAAAUUUUAAAUUAAGCAAGUAA